CGAGUUACUUAGCGCCCUUUUAACACCAUUGGCGCUAAAAUCAAAUUUCGUGUAAAGAUGGUGAACUCAGGGACCAAAAGAUCAAGGCAUUUUCGAUCGGAGAAGGAAAACAUUCCACAGAGAAAGAAGAGAGCAAAUGUCAAAAUCCGCCCCAAGAAGGAGUACACAUUUGCUGAUCUGGGUUGUGACUUAUUGUCAGAGAGUGGUAGUUCAGACAGCGAGAACUUGGAUUUAAUCACACCAAGUGUCACCAGUACAGCCAACGAAUCUCUGUUAUUACAGGCCCCUCGAAUAUUACAGAACAGUCAGAAAGACAAUACACCAUCUGCAAUACACACUGUGGCACUCACUCCAAAACCGGAGAAGUGUGAUGAGAAUAUAUGUAAAAGUCAUCCAGAAAUCCCCAGAGAUGAUGCAGAUUACGUCAGCCACUUGUCAGAUGAAAUGAUACUACGUAUUUUUCAUUGGUUGCCAAAAUUUAGCCUUGCCAAAUGUGCUCGAGUUUGUCGCCGCUGGAAUCGUGUUGUUGGAGAUAAGUCUUUAUGGAAGAGAAUUGAUCUAGCCAACAAAAGAGUAAAUACCAGCUGUCUGGGCCUGCUGUUACACCGUGGUGUUAAUGUUCUUAGACUCACGAAAACAGAGAUAACAGAGGACGGGUUUGACAGGUAUUGGAAGGGAGAUAAAUCUGGGUUUCAGUCCCUGCAGUACCUUGAUUUGAGCCUGUCAUCAGCCAGUACUGUUAUGAUGGGGCACUUGUUCUCCUCCUGUCAGAAUCUGAGGAAACUCAGUCUGGAGCUCUGUACAAUAGAUGAUGAUGUUGCCCAUUUGUUUGGACAGAAUAAGAACCUUCAGGUGUUGAAUCUCAGUAUGUGUGAGGGACUGACAACUACAGGGCUGGCCGCCAUUCUUUCUGGUUGUAGAAGGUUAACUUCCCUGAACUUAGCUUGGACCGGACUGAAGAGACAGAGUGUGGCCUACUUAUCCCUGUGUCUCCCUCCUUCAGUAAGAAAACUGAACCUGAGUGGAUGUCGAGAACACAUCACAGAUGAAGAAGUGCUACAGCUGGUAAGAACCUGUCCUGAUCUUACAGAAUUGGACCUCUCAGACUCCACGGUCAUCACAGGACUGUCCAUCUCCUACAUCAUGUCUCACCUGACCAAUCUACAAUACCUGGCCCUCAGCAGGUGUUAUAGACUCCCCUGUAACAGUAUCAGAGAGCUGUCCUAUCACCCACGGCUGUCAGAAGUCGAGGUCUUUGGAAUGUUUCGAGAUGGAACAAUGGAACAUCUCAAACACGAAAUGGGGAAUCUGGAACUGAAUCGGUACCCCUUCUCCAACAUCGCGAGGCCCACCACGGGAAUCAGAAUGACUUCCCUGUGGGGCCUCAGGGUGAGGGACAAUGCUGUGUGAUGACCGGAUCUCAAUCAUGUGCCAAAUUUAGACAGCAGCAAUAUACAGUUAGUACACAUAUCAGCCCAUCUCAGGAGAGAAAGCUAUCUGUCAAAUUCUCAGUCUGUGUAAGUUAAUUAAAUAGGAACAAAGUUGUUAAUAUUUUUAUAAGUUGUUGAGAUUGACGUUAUUUAAGGUAGAUCUGUAUUUGGUCAGGGUUUAAAUGUCAGGAGAAUGUCUGAUGAGAGCAUUACAAUGUCAGUGUAAUAAUGCUUGCUUUUUACAUGAUAUCAUAAAGAAACAUGAUUUAGCUUUUACUUGAUGUGUCAAUUUAUUGAAUAUUUGGUAAUAUAUGUAUGUACUGUGGAAUCAUUAAUAUUGUUCAUUGG